GGGGCGGAGCCUACGUAGCCCCUGCCCGAGUUAAAACCGGAGUGUGAGAGAGAAAAGCGCUUCAGUAGCGAGAGGGGCUGAGAAAGUGGUGACACCGCUGGGGUGCGGAGGGAGUCUCUCAAACUUCUCUCAACAGCCCCAGGGCCAAUCUCCCCUCAGCCCACUCCCCUCUUCGCCAGAUCCCUGGUCCCCACUCCCUGCACUGGGGGUGGGGUGGGGAACUGGGCCCGUCUCCCGCGGGGACACACACAGGGUCCGGGAGUGGGGACGGGACCCCCAGGCCGGGGGGGACGGACGGACAGACUGCCGCGCGGCCGCCCCAGCGGGCAGGCAGGCCGGAGGCGGGGGUACGGCCGGGAGGACCUGGGCUGGGGAGUUUCCUCUCAACUAUCGGGGGAGAAACUCCCCAUAGCUGGUGUUUUCCUCCCGGGGGCCGCGUUCCCCGCCCCGCGUAUCGGCGGUUGCCGCCGCCGCCGCCGCCGCCGGUGCCUCCACCUCUGCCAUCUCUUCACCACCUCGGGCCCCGGUGUCCCCGGCCAGCACUAUGCCCAUCUUACUGUUCCUGAUAGACACGUCUGCCUCUAUGAACCAGCGCAGCCAUCUGGGCACCACCUACCUGGACACGGCCAAAGGCGCGGUAGAGACCUUCAUGAAGCUCCGUGCCCGGGACCCUGCCAGCAGAGGAGACAGGUAUAUGCUGGUCACUUUCGAAGAGCCGCCCUAUGCUAUCAAGGCUGGAUGGAAAGAAAACCAUGCAACGUUUAUGAAUGAACUGAAAAACCUUCAGGCAGAAGGACUUACGACUCUUGGCCAAUCCCUAAGGACAGCUUUUGAUUUGUUAAAUUUAAAUAGAUUAGUAACUGGCAUAGACAACUAUGGGCAGGGAAGAAACCCCUUUUUCUUGGAGCCAGCAAUAAUAAUUACAAUCACUGAUGGGAGCAAGUUGACUACUACUAGUGGUGUCCAGGAUGAGCUUCAUUUACCUCUUAAUUCGCCGUUGCCUGGAAGUGAAUUGACCAAGGAACCUUUUCGUUGGGAUCAGAGACUAUUUGCUUUAGUACUGCGGUUGCCUGGCACUAUGUCAGUGGAAUCAGAACAGUUGACAGGUGUGCCUUUGGAUGAUUCUGCUAUCACACCAAUGUGUGAAGUGACAGGAGGCCGGUCAUACUCUGUAUGUUCUCCAAGAAUGCUUAAUCAGUGUCUGGAAUCCUUGGUGCAGAAAGUACAAAGUGGGGUGGUAAUAAACUUUGAAAAGGCAGGACCAGAUCCUCCCCCUGCUGAAGCAGAGGGGCAGCCAGAUAUAUCAAGACCUUUUGGAUCUCAGCCUUGGCAUAGCUGUCACAAGCUCAUAUAUGUCAGACCAAAUCCUAAAACUGGGGUUCCUAUAGGCCAUUGGCCUGUUCCAGAGUCUUUUUGGCCAGAUCAGAAUUCUCCAACACUACCACCUCGUACAUCUCAUCCUGUAGUGAAGUUUUCCUGUACAGACUGUGAGCCAAUGGUUAUUGACAAAUUGCCUUUUGACAAAUAUGAGUUGGAACCUUCACCACUGACUCAGUUUAUUCUAGAAAGGAAAUCUCCUCAAACAUGUUGGCAGGUAUAUGUGAGCAAUAGUGCAAAGUAUAAUGAACUUGGCCAUCCCUUUGGUUACUUGAAAGCUAGUACAGCACUGACCUGUGUCAACUUAUUUGUGAUGCCUUACAAUUACCCAGUCCUCCUUCCUCUCUUAGAUGACUUGUUCAAAGUGCACAAAGCAAAACCGACUCUGAAAUGGAGACAGUCAUUUGAAAGUUAUUUGAAGACAAUGCCUCCCUACUAUCUUGGGCCCCUGAAGAAAGCUGUUAGAAUGAUGGGUGCACCUAAUCUGAUAGCAGACAGUAUGGAGUAUGGACUCAGUUACAGUGUCAUUUCAUACCUCAAAAAAUUGAGUCAGCAGGCCAAAAUUGAAUCUGAUAGAGUCAUCGGAUCCGUAGGCAAAAAAGUAGUACAGGAAACUGGAAUUAAAGUCCGAAGCCGGUCACAUGGGCUGUCAAUGGCGCAUAGGAAAGGUUUUCAAGUGCUGCAGGGUAUUUCGGAGGAUGUCCCCCACAGGCUGCUAGACCUUAAUAUGAAGGAGUACACUGGGUUCCAGGUUGCUUUACUAAAUAAGGAUUUGAAGCCUCAGACCUUUAGAAAUGCUUAUGAUAUACCAAGACGUAAUCUUCUGGAUCAUUUAACAAGAAUGAGAUCGAACCUUUUAAAGAGCACCCGCAAAUUUCUUAAAGGCCAGGAUGAAGAUCAAGUGCACAGUGUACCUAUAGCACAAAUGGGGAAUUACCAGGAAUACCUCAAGCAAGUACCUUCGCCAUUGAGAGAACUUGAUCCUGAUCAGCCUCGAAGGUUGCAUACAUUUGGCAAUCCCUUUAAACUGGAUAAAAAGGGUAUGAUGAUAGAUGAAGCAGAUGAAUUUGUGGCUGGACCUCAGAAUAAACACAAGCGGCCUGGAGAGCCAAGCAUGCAAGGGAUCCCAAAAAGACGCCGGUGUGCCUCUCCACUCUUGAGAGGCCGAAGGCAGAGCCCUGCUGUGAACAGUCACAUCGGAGGGAAAGGACCACCUGCACCCAUGACGCAAGCACAGCCAGGUCUUAUUAAACCCCUUCCUCUGCAUAAAGAAGCCACUAGUGAUUCAAUAGUAGAUGAUGUGGUUGAAAAUCAUGUUGCUGACCAACUUUCAUCAGACAUGACACCAAAUGCUAUGGAUACUGAAUUUUUAACAUCUCCCCCUAAUCUUUUGGAACCAUCAACCAAUCAUACAGAGGCCCUUGGUCAUGAACAUUUAGGAAACAAUGACCUCACUGUUGGUGGGUUUUUAGAAAAUCAUGAGGAGCCAAGAAAUAAAGAACAAAGUGCCGAAGAGAAUAUACCAGCAUCUUCACUCAACAAAGGAAAGAAAUUGAUGCAUUGUAGAAGCCAUGAAGAGGUCAACACUGAACUAAAAGCACAAAUAAUGAAAGAGAUCAGAAAGCCAGGAAGAAAAUAUGAAAGAAUCUUCACUUUAUUGAAGCAUGUGCAAGGCAGUUUACAAACAAGGCUAAUAUUUUUACAAAAUGUCAUUAAGGAAGCAUCCAGGUUUAAGAAACGAAUGCUAAUAGAACAACUGGAGAACUUCUUGGAUGAAAUUCAUCGAAGAGCCAAUCAGAUCAACCAUAUUAAUAGCAAUUAAAAGAAAAUAGAAUGAGGCCACUUAUUUCAUUGUCUUCUCCAAAUACAAAGUAAAUACAAGACUGUUGUAAUCUUGUAUUCAUUCUUUGACAUGCAUUGUUGGCUAUUUGAGAUACUAAAAACAUUCUACAGUUCCUUUCCAUCAUUUUACAGUGCCCUUUUCAUUUUAGUUUACUUUUGUAAAGUGAAAAGUAUCACGAAAUUUUUUUUCUUUCUUCCCUUUUUUCUUUUUCUUUCUCUUUUUUUUUUUAACUAACUAAAACUAUUCUUCAAAUCCUCUGCUUGUCAUUGGCUCUUGCGUGUCAGUUUCCCUCAGGUUAUAUUUUCUUAAACCAACCUUUAAAAUUGUCAGCUCUGUUAAGGUUGAACUUUGCCAAAAAAAAAAAAAAGAAAAGAAAAAAAUUAAAAACAAGUUACUUUGUAAUUUUUGGGGAAAAAAGCACAUACAUUAAAAACUAGGUAAUGUUUUGUAUAUACAGUUAUUUUGGAUAUAUUAUUGUAAGUUGUACAAAUGUAUUUUGAAGAAUAUUUAAGAAAAGCACUUUUGUUAUUCCAUCAAUAAAUGCUCUAUUUUACUCUUGUGUGGUUUAGGAAAUAAUCACAUUUAAAGUAACUACUUAAAAACAUUCUAAAACAAUGGAAUUUUAAAGGCCUUGCUUUUUAGCAUUAAAAAAUACACAACUUAAUAUUUGUUAAACUAAUGUAAUUAUAUGUUACAUAGCCUGCAUUGUCUUUUUAACUAUUAUAUGUUCUUAGUUUUGUUGGCCAUGCCAAUAUACUCCACUCUUGCCUGGAUAAUGGUAAUACCUAGGUCUGUGGCAGAUAGGCAGAUGGGCAGUUUUUUAAAAACAGUUUUAAAAGUAGAUGAGUUGGGGCAUUAUUGGCUUCUUAACACCUUUCAACCUUUCUUACAGGAUUUAGAUGGCACUCAAGUCUAGCUGUUAGUUAAGGUGUGAUAGCUUUAGGGUAUAUCAUAUUUGGAAAAGGCUAGUAUGCCGGCAUUUGGUCCCCACCCCCCCCAUGCUUACGUGAGUUUAUAAUAUGAUGAUUCUGAGUGGAUCUCUUGGUUCUGCUCCCUGAUUCUCAUACUUACUCAGAAUCUAACUGGAGAGGAAACAGACGGCUGUAUUCAUUUCUUUCCCCCUUAUUUGCACAGGAUGAGGAGAUCUGGCACUUCCAUUUUCCAUCCUUACAGGGCUGCACAUCUUUACUAAGGAUGUGACCCUGUGUCCUGACUCAUGCACAUAUUCAUAGAUCACUGCUGUGCCUUUUAGUGGUUUGGAGGGAACCAGUAGAAAAGGUUAGAGUUUUUAGAUUUGGAAUAACCAAGGUGAAAAAAAAACCUUUAAAUUAUUUUUUUAAUUGAAUUAUUUUUAGAUUAAUAAUAUUUGGAAAUCACAUACUCUUAAAUUGUAAAUAUUUAUGAAGGAAAGCAUACAUAGAGAAAACAUUCUUGAGGUCUGCUAUUUUAGUCAAGGGGAUUUGAAACUCUUCCAAUACUGAAGAUAAAUCCUGUAAAGAAAAAGAAA